CCUACCUUCUUAAGAUGGUGUUAAAUAAAUUUAGAAUCCAGCCUUUAUCACAAAGGCUUUAACUUUACAAAAUUAUUAGCUUCGCACAGUUAAUUAUGUUUAGCCUUUUGACUAAUAGAGAACAUCAUGGACAGAAUGCUCGAAAACUCUACAACACAUCGACAGGCAGUUUGUAUUUCCUCCAAAGAUUAAAGCUAGAAAAAAAGCUUGCUGUUCAUGAUGGAUGUGUGAACACAAUAUGCUGGAAUGACAGUGGCACGCUAAUUUUAUCUGGCUCUGAUGAUCAACAUCUUGCUAUCACCAAUCCUUUCACUGGGAAGAAUGUGGUCAAGUUUAGGUCUGGACAUAGGUCCAAUAUCUUCAGUGCCAAGUUCUUACCCGGCAGUAUGGACAGGGAGGUGGUCAGCUGCUCUGGGUCAGGAGAAAUUUUCUACACCGACGUGGACAGGGAAGACACGUAUGGCACCAACAGAUUUGAUUGCCAUUUUGGCACAGCGUACAAGCUGCUGGUUGUGCCCAAUGAAGCUGCGACUUUCCUCUCCUGUGGUGAUGAUGGAACUGUCAGAUUCUUUGAUCUGAGAACAAAAACCAGCUGCUCAAAGUUCAACUGUGAAGAGGAUGUUGUAAUCCACCUGCGUAAUGCUGUGACGGCCAUGGCUGUGGACCCCAUCAUCCCCUUUCAUCUGGCUGUCGCCUCAUCUGAUGGGAUGGUUCGGCUCUAUGAUAGGAGGAUGCUGAAGACCAGGGAAACUGGGGGCAGUAGUGACAACCUGAUCUGUAAGCUCCCGCCCCCUAUGACCAAUGGAGAGAAAAGACCCUACAGGAUUACCUCCCUCAACUACAGGCCUGGGUCACAUGACAUCCUGGUCAACUAUUCUUCAGAGAACAUCUAUCUCUUCAACACGUAUGACACCAAAAAACAACAGUCUUACAGUGCAAAGCCCAGUGUAAGUGGGCCCUCUAAACCCACACACAGAGACAGUGGACCUGCACCAAAGGAUGGUCCAGCACCACCCAGUGCCAGCGCUUCCAUCGACCAAGCAUUGGAUUCUGAAAGUGCCUUCAAGCCAAUCAAACGUCUGCGUCUGCGCGGUGACUGGUCAGACACAGGUCCAGAUGCCAGGCCUGAGAGUGAAGAGCCAGCAUUAACCAACACCAUAAUGCAGCGUAUGUCUGACCUGCUGACUCGUAUGUUGAACAGCCGUAAUGAGAGGAGUGAGAGCCAGGACAUCCCUGAGGAGGAUGAAGAAGAGGCAGCAGCUGAAGAAAAUCGUUUAGCAGCUGACAUUAAUGUGUCACCAGCUGAUUCAUCUGACAUCCUGCAAGCUGUUGUUCUACCAACUUCAGCACAGACUCACAACUCAAGUGAGAGUCUGGUAUCUCCACCAGGCGGAGAAUCAUCAACUGCUCAGACUACUGAGCUCACAUCUAAGGCUGAUCCCACUUUACAACCUGCUCACGGUUUAGACCUGAACCACCCACAGGCAGAGCAUGAUUCUUCCUUAUCUCAUGUUAACUUCAGUCCUGUAAAUCUUGUUGGCCACACAAGUGACAGAAAUCUGGCAACUGUUGGCCACACCAGUGACAGAAAUCUGGCAACUGUUGGCCACACCAGUGACAGAAAUCUGGCAACUGUUGGCCACGCAAGUGACAGAAAUCUGGCAACUGUUGACCCAGAACUUUACAGAGUUGCAGUUGAGAUAGACACAGAAGACAUAGCUCAAGUAGACUCCAGUGAAAACAUUUUUGAUUGUAAUGUAAAUAGUGAGUUGAAUGAACACACCAACCUGUAUUCACAAACUAAAUCAAACAACUGCUCAGACAAAAAUGAGUCUAAAGCAGAGAAAGACCACUCUCAUUUGCACCGCAACAGUGAUAAACUUUGUGACAAGAAACGUAUUUUAGAGAGUGAAUCCAGGGCAAUGGAUACAGUGGGAAUCAACACUGUUGUGAUCCAUGAGAACAUUGCUGGCUCAAGUAAGGAGCAAACAGCCAUGGAUGCAAGCUCAGAAAGUAAUGAUUCCAUCUCGGAGCAAAUGUCUAAAAAUUUAAACAUCAAACAGGGUCAAACACCUGCUUUGGACAAAUCAUCAACUGCUCUGGCUUCUACUUCAGAUGCCGGCUUGUCUGACUCGCAGCUAUCAGAAAACUCGCGAGCUAAGAGCAAUGAUGAGAGGCAAAGCUCAGACCCAUUGGACCAAUCUUUUGAAAAUGCGCAGGAGGAAUUGUCAGCUGAUGACACGUACUACUCUAUCAGCUCACCCCCCGAAACUUACGCCAUAGCUGAAAACGCCUUAAACCCUUGUGAGGGGAGCUGGUCCCAGACGUUGGAUGAUAUCUCUCCAUUCACUUCCUUCCUUAGCCUCAACAGCAGCGCUGUAUCUCUAACCGAAGUGGCGCCCCUCACUCAGAACAUUUUGAUUAACAACCAAGCGAGUGCAUCUGAUGCACAGGCAAACAGCACCAGUCAGGGUUUGCAAGACAGCCCAGUCCAGCGUCCAUCACCCAACAUGCAGGCAGACAGCAUGAGUCAGGGUUUGCAUGACAGCCCAGUCCUGCGUCCAUCACCCAACACCAACACUGCUGAACUGAACCUGAAUAUGUCAAAAAUAGAGGAGGCAGAGAGCAUGGAAAUAGACUGUGUGUGUAAAGUGUGUGGUAACACAGUAUUACAGAACUCUAAAGCUCCAGCUACAAAGAGUGACUUGUGUGCUGAGUGUAUUUGCCAGGUGAAAGAAAAAGAGGACAUACUGGCAAAUAAGACUGAAAAACCUGCAGCAGCUAAGGCUCACGCAAUAGAUUUAAAUGAAGACCCGGUGGAGAGAGGCAACAAAGGAAAAGGAAAAGGGAAAUCUUCUCUUAAAGCUAAAAAAACAAGUGGAAAACCUGAGAAGUUUUCUCCCUACAACAGCGGCAAGAUGAGAAUUUCUUUGGAUGGGAGCGAGGCAGCAAGCCGACCUUCCCUGGAUUCGGCAGACUUCACCCCAUCCAUAAGUUCUGUUGAUGUGGCACUGGAGCCAGACCACUAUGAGGUCCAUGACUGUACUGGCACAACAAUAUCCAGGCCAUCCACCUCUACUUCGGGUUUUGAUUCUGAUGUUCCAGAGAGUGAUGACAAUCUGGCACCUAGAGCCUUGUACCGCUUGCCAGGAGCCAGGUCCAUUAGUCAAGGUUUUGAAAGACAGAGACGUGCAGGGUAUAGCCUGCCACCAACAGGCAGCUUCCAGCUACACAGUGAUGAUGACAUGGACAUGGAUGAUGAUGAAUACCUUGCUGGACGAAGGCCAAAGCUGGAUAAGGAGAUAAUGUCCCGCGCCGUCCAGAAAAUCCAAGAAGCCUACAGGAAAAAGCGAGAUGCUCGUGAGGCUGCCAAGUUGAUGGAGCUGCCCCAGCCCCGCAUGCUGAUGAAAUACUCUGGUCAUCGCAACUGUAGAACUAUGAUCAAGGAGGCCAACUUUUAUGGAGACCAUUUUGUCAUUUCUGGCUCGGAUUGUGGUCGGAUAUUGGCCUGGGACAGAGAGACUGGGCGGAUGGUGAUGUACCUGGAUGCGGACAAACAUGUGGUCAACUGUGUCCAGCCUAACAUGUACUUACCAGUUUUGGCCUCCAGUGGUAUAGAUUAUGACAUUAAAAUCUGGAGUCCGCUUGAAGCUGACAGCCAGUUUGAGGAGGAUAAAGCAGAAAAAAUAAUCCAUCGUAAUGAGCUGAUGCUGGAGGAAACCCGUGAUACAGUUACUGUCCCUGCUGCCUUUAUGCUGAGAAUUCUGGCCUCUCUCUCCCAGAUCCGCACAGGUCGAAACCUGGGGAGAGGUCAGGCACCAGAUCCGCCUGGUCAAGAAUAAAAUAUGGGUUCUAGAAAGUUCUGAUUACUGCUUGUGUGAGAACAGGGACUUGUGUCAGGACAAGGUCUGUGUGAUAAACAUGACCUUUUGAUGUGUGUUAUACUGACCCAAGUAAACCAUGACCUUGGUGUUUUUUACAUGGUAUAAUUUUCAGUCGUUUUGUGCCAACAUACAAAAAUUAUGAUCUACUUAAAUUAUGUACAUGAAAUAAUAAGUGUGUAUCUGUACAGCUAAAAAAUCUGACAAAUAAAUAUAUUUUAUUGAAUAAAUCAUCAUACAAAUUAUUUUAAUAAUAUUUAAUUUUGGGCAAAAACUUGCUUACAUUUUUCAGUAUUUUUUUACAUCAGAUGAUAACCAGGUUCAGUAAAAUAUUGUAUCUUCUUUCGGCUUAACAUCUUUAUAUCCGCUGGGGCUCCUAAAAAUAAAGCCCCAGACAAAAAGUCCCCUGGAAUCAAACCCCAAGGAAUAUACCCUCUAGACAAAUUUACUGCAGAGUAACUUUCUUUAAGGUGGAAAUUACUUUGUUGAUAGCUAAAUUUAAGUGAUUGUUAUUAAAAACAAAUUAUAUAUUGCUAAUUUUAUCUUGUUAAAUUUAUUUUUCUCCUAAGAUAACCUCAAAUAAGGUUUUCGUCCAUUGUUUUUUUUAUCACAUACCACUUAUGGGGUAUGCAACUCUCAUUUAAUAUAUUUUCUCAGUCAUCCAACUUUGGUCUAAUGUUACUUUUUUUUUAGAAAACUUAAAAACCUACAACACCUAACACAGAAAACUAUUUUUUUAAGUAUAUUAUGUAUAUAAUGUCUUAAAUCUGAAUAAAAAUACCACAUUAGGUAUGUUUUGUUCUUUUAUAUGCUUCUGACCUGCAGAUAGUUUAAAUUACUGUGUGAUACAAUAAAUAUCAAACUUAAAGUAUUUGUUGUAUGAAAGAGCUGAGUUUACCUAUUUAUUCAACUGUUUGUACAACUUUCACAAUUUUCACUGAAGCUGCCGUAGUCUUGUUGUAUUUUUCCUGUUUCUUGUUCUACAUAAAUUAGAUUGUCUAAUCAAUAAUAUAAAACACUAAGAUAUGAGAACUAAAGACAUUUUUUUAAACAAAGCUUAUUAAUUAAAAAUAG